UGGUAUAUUAUGAAUAACAUAUAUUGGUGAUCAUUCCUCACAUUUAAGUAUUUGCGAAGUUGUCAGGUUUUAACCCCAAAAUAGUUUGGGUCCGGAAAAAUACGUCCAACUUCUACGUAUGGGCGUAGUCUUAGUUUGUCUAAUUUCGAUCAGCACUUACGCAACAUUGGAAUAAUUUAUAGUCUCAUUCUAACCAGUAGAUAUCGUUAUAAAUUCAGUUUAUCAUCCCGCUGCAAUGAGGACACGACAAAUAAACAUAAAAAUAUAACUUUCAGCAUUUUUAACUCUUAUGCAUUCGCAAUGCCUUUGACCAAUCAGCAGAGGGCUGACUGCCCGCGAGACGAUUGACUUUUAAACUCAUUAACGUCAAGGUUUAAAAUGACCGUUAGAAAUAAACUCUGUCGCCGCGAGCGCAACUGUCUUCUCGACUGAAUUAGUUAUAUAUUUAUUUUAAAGCUUUUUCAAGGAUGGCUUCAGGGAAUGCAUGUGCACAGACACUACUAGGUAGCAGCUUUCCAGCUGUGACUAGGGAUCACCUAUCUGUUGGUCAGAUGAUAAAGGUUAAGUCUGACAUGCAGGCAUCAUGGGUAGAAUGUAAAGAUGAUCAAUGUGAUGACCUCCCUGAGUCUCCUGAGAAAAGAAGGCUGCCCAGCAGAUGCACUGCAUCAUAUCUGAAAGGCCUCCUCAACGAUCAACCUGAGAAACAAAUGUAUGAUUCAGGAUCAGGAGGCGGUCUCUAUCAGACCAGUGCAGGUUCCUACAAUUCUGUCAACUGGAGCAGAAGCAUCCAUAUGAUCCCUUCCCAGCAGACAUAUCAGACAGUCAAGAUGACUAGUGGAGGAAACCGCUGUCCUGGCACUCCCAUGAUGCCAUAUACUGUCCACUCCGGAGAUGGCAUUCAGACUUACAUCAUGCCUGACAGUAAAGUAGCGGUCCAAGCCCCCACUGGAGAUAUGUCGGCAUAUGAGAUUUGUUCCCCUACCUCUGGCCUUUCCCAGGAAAUGGGCAGCUCACCUGGCUCUGUGCCCAGCCCAAAGCAGCUGUCCGAGGAGGCGUCACGCAAAAGGGAACUCCGUAUGAUAAAAAACAGGGAAGCUGCCCGGGAAUGCCGUCGGAAGAAGAAAGAAUAUGUCAAAUGUCUCGAAAACCGAGUCGCUGUUCUUGAAAAUCAAAACAAGACUCUCAUUGAAGAACUCAAGGCCCUGAAAGUCCUGUACAGUCACAAAACCGAAUAGCACAAUAGAUUUAAGUUCACUUAAGGUUUUGUCGUGUACAGAUUAUUUGACACAUGGUGGCAAGCAAGCUUUUCAUGCAAUGUCGUGCCACCAUUCAUAACAGUCGAAAAGGGUGACAGCCAUGUCGUGUCGUCUGUCAUGUUAAAGAUUGAGACGUGUGUUUAACGGUGGCCAAAGAGUGCUCAAAACCAGUGAAUGUGGUGUGUUGCUUGUGUGCUUGUGCUUUCACAGGGAGGCAGCCAAAGAAUGCAGGCUCAGAAAGAAGCAGUAUGUGCAGCACUUAGAAACUAGCCUCACCAUGAUGGAGAACCAAAACAAGAUGCUGACAAAAGAGCUGGAGUAUCUCAAGAAACUGUACACUUUAAAACCCCAUU